UAUAAAUUGAUGAUUUGCAGACCAAGACUAAUGAAAGAACAAAAUGAUUUAUAAAAAUUAAAUGAUCCCACCAUGAUUAUUUAAGUUAAUGAGAGUGAUAUCCUUAUUUGGUAUGUCUACUUAUUUGGUCCAGAAGAAACUCCAUUUGAGAAUGGAAUAUUUAAAGUAUAUAUAAAUGAUAUCUCAAAUUAGAUUAAAGUUUCUAUUCCACCUAAUUAUCCAGUUAAAGCACCUACACUUCAUUUUCAAACGAGGAUUUUUCAUCCGAAUGUUCAUAUGGACACAGGAGAAGUAUGUCUAGAAGUGUUAACCUAAAAAUGGGAGCCACGUUGGACAAUUGAAAGUAUCAUAAGGGCUGUUAGACUUAUGCUCUAAGAACCUAAUCCAGACAGCCCUUUGAAUUGCGACGCAGCAAAUUUACUAAGAGCUAAUGAUUUAAUUGGAUACAAAUCAAUAGCUUAAUAUUAUACUUCAAAAUAUGCUAUUGAUAAACAUGAAUAUACGAAUAAAGUAAAUGCUAAAGAGAAGAAAAAUUAAUGAGUAAAAAUUAG